GACAUAAGCUUUAAUGAUAUUAUAAGAAAAAGCCCAUAUCGCCAAAUUUUAGCAUUUGAAGAAUACAGACAUAUUACUGAGGAGCAUCUUGAUUUAUUGAACAGCCACUGGAGGAAACGCUCUUAUAUGUUCAUGAUUACGUCACAAUUGCUGGCCGGUGCUAUAUUGGUUGAUGGUAGUCAAGCACUUCUUUUGAACGGUGUGAAGUCAUAUAGUAGAUACCCUUCCAUCGACGCUCAUUUUGAAAAUGUAUCAAGUACACAAGAAUUAUCUAUACCGCAAUUAUCCUCACAAUAUUCAAAUAAGCUCAAAAUAACAAAGAUCAACAUGGACAAUUCGGAGAAGUUAAUACUUGGUUCAAAAACGAUGAACAUAUUGGUCAUUUCCAGCAUAAGAAUUGACGAUUCAAAAAUAGCACCAGAAGUAGGGCCAUCAACGUUUAAUUUCACUCCGUCG